UUCUGUAGUCUGUAUUCGCUGUCAGUGACACACUUUGCAGACGGUUCCUCUUUAUCGAAGCUACAAGUGACACUCCCCUGUCAGUCACUGCGUCCCAACUCUCCUGUGCCUCUUGACACAGGGGUCUGGUGAUGUCUAAAUAGACCCCAGAAACACGGCCCCUUCUUCUGCCCUCCUGCCUUCCAGCAACAUGAACCGAAAGGACAGCAAGAGAAAAUCGCGCCAGGAAAGCCAAAUAGUAAGCAACAAUGGAGUCAACCUUCUCGUUAAGAGCCGUCACACUCAGGGCAGGAGGAGAAGACGUAUGACCUGCCCAAGCUCAGCUGAGAUUAACAAGGCUUUGAUGACCGUCACAUUGGAACAACUGGGGAAGGGAUGCAGCCUGGAUGAACUUAUGGAGAAGUGCAUACAGUCAUUUGAUGCGGAUGGAAAGCUCUGGAGAAAUGAAGACACUGUUAACAUGGUCCUUGUCAUGCACAGCUGGGUGGUGCCAUCGGCAGAGUUUGCACAAAAACUUCUUCAACUCUACAGGGAAGCAGACCAAAACCAAAGGAAGAACCAGAUAUGUCAUUUGCUAAGGUUCUGGGUAAAUCGCUAUCCAGAGAUGUUUCGGCUUGACCGUGAAUUAGAAGAGCUGAUGUGUGAUUUCUGGGAGGUGGUUAAAGACCGCAGAUGGUCAAAUGUCCACAGACAAAGUCCUGAUACCUCAUUCACAUUUGACCCGGAAAGCCCACAGCCUUUUCCAGAGUCACCAAGCUUCAACAAGAAGAGGAAAGUCUCCCUUCUAUUUGAUCAUCUGGAACCAUCAGAACUGGCAGCUCAUCUCAGCUACCUGGAGUUCAAAUGCUUCUGCAGGAUUACGCAUUUAGACUAUCGAAGCUACACUUUGCAGAGUUCUCUGCGAGAAAUCCCUCGGCUGGAGCGAUCGGUCUCCUUAUGUAACAGCAUUUCACAGUGGGUUCAGCUCAUGAUCCUCAACCGCCCAACUCCACAGCAGAGAGCUGAGGUCUUCACCAAAUUUAUCCACAUGACUCAGAAACUCCGUAAGCACCAGAACUUUAACACCCUGAUGGCAGUGAUUGGAGGACUGUGCCACAGUGCCAUCUCCAGGCUAAAGGAGACACAUAGUCACCUAUCACAGGAUGUACUAAAGACGCUCAGCGAAAUGACAGAGUUGCUGUCCUCAAGCAGUAACUACAGUACAUAUCGGAGAGUCUACAACGAAUGUGGUGGAUUUAAGAUUCCGAUUCUCGGUGUCCAGCUCAAGGAUCUAGUUUCACUCAAUGAGGCUUUACCUGAUUAUUUGGAUAAUGGGAAAAUCAAUGUCAGCAAACUGCAGAGUCUUUACCAGCACAUCCUGGAGCUUCGGCAGCUGCAGAAAGCCGUUCCACCAUUCCAAGCCAACAAGGAUGUGAUACUGCUGCUAACAACAUCAUUAGAUACCUUUUACACAGAAGAUGAGAUCUACUCCUUGUCCUACACUCGGGAACCACGCAGUUCCAAAAUAUUGGCCACCACAGCCAACAAGCCACCUGCCGAUAUUCCCCACUGGACCCCUGACAUUGCCAUACAGCCAGACCCCGAGGCCCUCAGUCGCAGUGUAGAGCAAAUGGUGCAGUCUGUUUUACGGUUUUACGAUCCCGAUCAAAGAGGAUCAGUCUCCCGGGAAGACUUUGAGAAGGUUGUUUCCAGUCUUCCAUUUUCCUGUCACAUCCUAGAAAAGGAUCAGGAAGGAUCGAUAAACCAUCAGGAGAUGACAUCAUACUUUAUGAAAGCCAGCCAGAUUUGCUCCAAGCUUGGAGUUCCUUUCCUACAAACGUUGGUGGAAAUACGACUGAAGGAAUCUCCUCUGUGCCCCAGCUGUAUUUGGGCUGUAGCUAAGCAAGGCUAUGUACCUGAAGGUUUGCACAAGGAUAGUACACAGACCUGGACAUCUAGGCCCAGCAGUCCCAUGUACAACAAUGAAAAGAAAGGCCUAAGCCAUAAAGCGUGUCAAACAGAUGGUACCUCGGAUUCUGGCCGUCCUGUUGCUUCAGAAGACCCAGCUCAUGUCAAACCCAACUGUGAAGGAAACUGCAGCGCCUCAAUUUCCUUACGAAGACAGCUUAAAGAGAUGGAAAAGGAGAGGGACCACUUCUUAAUGGACAAUGCUGGAAUGCACUGCACCAACUCCCAGCUAGCUGCAGAAAAUGCCAAGCUGCAGAGCCAGUUAAGUAUGUUGCAAGAGAAAGUGCGAGCGCUAAAGGUGAACACAAAGAUGCGACCAGCUGUCAAUCAAAUACUUGAGAGUUUUAAAGAGCUUCACAUACAAGGGGAAGGAAAUUUGUGACCAGUAAAUGGACUACAACCAAAGGACAAUUAAAAAAAAAAAAAAAAAUUAUUUAAACUUUUUUUUUUAUUGUAUAUACUAAAGAGAUAAUUACCUCUGUGGGGUCUCUCUCUGUGUACAUAGUGUACUAUGGCAUGCACAGAUCACUUAGUAGUAUGUUAACAUACAACUAAUUUAUUUAUGUGAUUUUUUUUAUUUUACUAGCAAGUCGCAAAAUUUUCUUAUCAAAUACAAUUCUAAAAAUGCCUGUAUUAUGUGCAGAAGAUUGUGCAGUAACCCAUAGCAACCCUAAAAACAACAAUCAAAAUGUUAUUGCAGAUGUCUGCUAGGGGUGGUAAAGAUAUUUUUACAUUUAUAAUAAAAAGCCAUUUUAUUU